AACUGUGCGUAUUAACAAUUUUUGUAGGAAUUUUAAUUUUCUGCUGAUUUAGGUUUAAAUAGGAAUAUUUAGUGCAGCAAUGGGCGGACAUCACGGAGAACCCUACACGGUGCCGCAUGCAUCGGCCUACAAGGUGGAGAAUGUGCCCCAGCUGGUGGAGGUGAAGGAGGCACUGGCGCGCCAAGGAUUGAAGGAUCCCUGGCUGAGGAACGAGGCCUGGCGCUACGAACCCAAGGGCUUUGGCACCCACAGAACCCGCCUGAACACCUUCCUCUUCCGCGGAUUGGGCGUGGGAUUCGCCGCCUUCCUGGCCACCUGCGCCGUGGAGUACGCCUUGGGCAUUGGCAAGGGCCAGGGUGGACAUGGUCAUGGCCACGAGGAACACGACGAUAAGGGCCACCAUUAGCUUGAUAUUGAAUAAACCCCAUUGUGUUAUCGAUCCAAA